UAAAUACACCCUCUUAAAUAUGUAAAUGGACUCUUAUUACCUAUUAAUUCCGUUGCUAAAAGUGAAAAGAUGACAAAACCAGAAGGUUACUCAUAUGUGAGGUUUAUGACUAUCCUGUAAUAUUGAGGUGUUGUGUCAUCAAAUGCACUCUAGAGGUCAGUAUGCACUCAUGAACAAUAGCUGCCUAAUAAUUUCCCACCCAUUCACAUUGCCAGCAAAUCAGAUUUUAUUUUUGUAGGGCUCUGGUCUAGAUAUCUGAUACUGACUGCGAUCGACGAAGCUGUGGAAAGGAAAGGAUCAUAACAACAUUGUAGAUUUGUUGCAAAAUUUGAAGUGAUUUUGAAAUCUUUUCAGCGGAAUGGCAGAGAACAAAGGAUACGGCCACAGACUGGUUUUUCUUUUGCUUUUCCUCCACCCCGUUAGUGGCGACAUGAGCUACUCUAUUCCAGAGGAGAUGAAACGUGGAUCUGUAAUCGGGAAUAUUGCGAAGGAUUUGGGUUUAAAUGUGGGCCAGUUGUCUGCUCGUAAAGCACGUAUUGAUCCAGAGGACAACGACGUACAUCACUGCGGCAUUAACCUCAACACAGGUGACUUGACAGUUCAGGAAAGGAUUGACAGAGAGGGACUGUGCGGUAAAAAGGCAUCAUGUUUUUUAAAACAGCAACUUGUACUGGAAAACCCAUUAGAACUACACCGUAUCAAUAUCCGUGUUCAAGAUAUUAAUGAUAAUUCCCCACAGUUUAAUGAAGACUCACUAAAAUUAGAAAUUCAUGAAUCGGCAGACAAGGGUGCUCGUUUUCGUCUUGGAGAAGCACACGAUGCAGAUAUAGGAGACAAUGCUGUUCAAAGCUACACUUUACAGCAGAAUGAUCAUUUAAAAUUAAACAUUAAUACUAAACCAGGUGGACGAAAGUCCUGCGAUUUGGUCUUGGACAAAGAAUUAGACAGAGAGGAUAAAAAAGACAUGAUGCUCUUGCUGACUGCCUAUGAUGGCGGCUCUCCUCAAAGAUCAGGCACUGUAGUCAUACACGUCACUGUGCUUGAUGCUAAUGAUAACGAACCAGUAUUUAGUCAGACCAUCUAUAAAACAAGUCUGCCUGAAAACUCGCAAAUUGAUACAUAUGUAAUCACAGUCAGUGCAAGUGAUGCAGAUGAAGGUUUAAAUGGUGAAAUUACAUAUGCCAUUGACCAUAUUUCUGACGAGAAUAGUAAUGUCUUUAUUUUAAACCCCAAAACUGGAGAAGUGAGAGUGGCUGGGGUUGUGGAUUAUGAGAAAGUAAAAUCAUAUGAAAUGCAAAUAAGCGCUAAAGAUGGUCUUGGCUUAGUGUCAUAUUCAACAUUAAUUAUUGACCUAACUGAUGUAAAUGACAAUCCCCCUAUUAUCAAUUUGAAGUCACUGUCUAAUUCUGUGGCAGAGAAUGUGCCACCUGGCACUGAGGUGGGCAUCAUUAAUGUGCAGGACAGAGACUCUGAGCAGAAUGGACAGGUCCAAUGCUCCAUUCAACAACACGUCCCCUUUAAGCUCGUUGCUUCCAUUCCUAACUAUUAUUCUCUGGUGACGACUGGACAACUGGACCGAGAACUUGUGUCCGAUUACAACAUUACAAUCAGUGCCACUGAUGAAGGCACUCCUCCUCUGUCCUCCUCUAAAAGCGUUCAAUUGUCCAUAGCAGACAUAAAUGACAACCCACCUGUGUUUGAGGAAGAGUCCUACAGUGCAUAUGUGACUGAGAACAACAAGGCUGGCUCGACUUUAUGUUCCGUUAGUGCCCGAGACCCGGACUGGAGACAGAACGGUAGCGUGAUUUAUUCUCUGUUAGCCACUGAGGUAAAUAAUGCCCCAAUAUCCUCCUUUGUGUCUGUUAAUGGAGACACAGGGGAAAUUAAUGCCGUCAGGUCGUUUGACUAUGAACAUUUGAGGAGUUUUAAAGUCCACGUCAUGGCCAGAGACAAUGGUUCUCCUCCACUGAGCAGCAACGUGAGUGUCAGUGUGUUUGUCUCAGACGUGAACGACAACUCUCCUCAGAUACUGUACCCUGCUCCGGAGGGCAACUCCUUCAUGACUGAACUGGUCCCCAAAGCUGCACACAGCGGCUCUGUGGUGUCCAAAGUGAUAGCGGUGGACGCAGACUCCGGACAGAAUGCCUGGUUAUCUUAUCAUAUAGUCAAGUCCACAGAUCCAGGAAUAUUCACCAUUGGUCUCCACAGUGGAGAGAUCAGGACUCAGCGGGACAUUUUGGAAUCUGACAACAUGAAACAGAACUUGAUUGUGGCAGUGACAGAUAACGGACAGCCCAGUCGCUCUGCUACCUGCUCCAUGUAUUUACUUCUUUCCAAUAACUUGGCUGAGGUUCCAGAACUGAAGGAUAUUUCUUAUGAGGAGAAUAAUUCCAAACUGACCUCCUACCUGAUCAUCGCCCUGGUGUCUGUGUCCACCUUCUUUCUGACCUUCAUCAUUAUUGUCCUGGGUGUGAGGUUUUGCCAUAGGAGAAAGCCCAGAUUGUUGUUUGAUGGAGCAGUUUCCAUUCCCAGUGCGUAUCUCCCUCCUAAUUACGUGGAUGUUGACGGAACAGGAACUUUACGCAGCACCUACAACUAUGAUGCUUACUUGACUACGGGCUCCAGAACUAGUGACUUCAAGUUUGUUUCAUCUUACAAUGAUAACACGCUUCCUGCAGAGCAGACGCUGAGGAAAAGUCCAAGUGACUUUGUUGAUGAGCUUCAGGAAUCUUUUGACCCCUUGGAGGUAGGCAGCUUUCCUUUCCAAGAAACUCCUUUAUCCUAAUCUGUGUUUACCGUAUUAUUGUAUUUCAAAGUAUGAACAAUUCCGACAUUUGUUAGUAGGUGUUUAUUGCCUUUCAAACAGAAAUCCCUCAAGCCUUGUGGAAAUGUUUUCAAAAUUACAGAAUAUUUCUUGGCAAUUCAAUUAUGAGAAUCUAUUGUACCUCGUUGUGACUUUCAUGUUUGAAUAUUUUCUAUCAGUAUCUUCCUACAAUGCCCACGUACAAAUAGGUAAACUUACAAAUGGUUAAAGGACUUAAAUUGUGCUUUUACCGCUGAGGUACUCGAAGCACUUUGACACUCUAUCCUUAUUUAACUACUGAUGACGCCGCAUCAGGAGAAACAUGGCGCGUUCAGUAUCUUCCUCAAGGAUACUUAGACAAGGUCACCAGGGCGGGGAACCGAACCCACAGCUGCUGGGCUUUUUUUUUUUUUUUUGUCAUUUAGAAAAUCUUGAAAA